AUGCAGCUCUUCUGGACACUGGUUCUGUCCGCGAUCGUCUUGGGUCUGUUGCUGUUGUUAUUUCAGGAACACUCGUCUCGAUACACAAAGAUGCCGCCCGGUCCGACACCACUGCCUUUAAUUGGGAACAUGCUGCAGCUGAAUUCCAAAGCACUCCACGAGAGUUUUAUGGAGCUGAAAGAGAAGUUUGGACCCGUGAUGACGGUGCACUUGGGCCCGAUACCCCUCGUGGUUCUUGUUGGGUUUGAAGCGGUUCAUGAAGCGCUGGUUCAACAGGCUGACACGUUUGCUGGGAGAGCGGUGCCGUCUCUGAUUAAGGAGCUCUCUCUUGACUUCGGCUUGCUGCAAAGCAAUGGAGAACGCUGGAAACAACUCCGUCGGUUCUCUCUGUCCACCUUGCGAGAUUUUGGAAUGGGACGGAGCAGGAUUGAGAAGUGGAUUCAAAAAGAGGUUAAAUAUCUCACUGAGGAAUUCCGAAAAACCAAAGGUUCUCCAUGUGAACCCACCCUGUUUUUGAGCAGGGCGGUGUCCAAUGUUAUCUGUUCCAUUGUAUUUGGCCAGCGGUUUGAUUACCAAGAUGAAAACUUUAUCAAACUCCUGUCUUUGGUUGAUGAAAGUCUACAUUUGUUCAGCAAACCAACUUCACUGCUGUAUAACAUUUUUCCAGCACUCAUUAAAUUAAUACCUGGACAUUUCAACAAGAUGUCAUUGAUCGUGAAUGAAAUAAAACAAUUUACUUCAGCAAUGAUUGAGAAACAUAAAGCAACGCUGGUUAGUGACAGUCCUCGGGAUUUUAUAGACAGCUUCCUCAUCAAAAUGAAACAGGAAAGCAACAAUCCAGAUUCAGAGUUCAACUAUGACAACUUAAACAUCACAAUUUUAGAUCUCUUUAUGGCGGGGACGGAGACUACCAGCACCACACUGCGAUAUGGGCUACUGAUCCUCAUGAAAUACCCACACAUCCAAGAAAAGGUCCAGAAAGAGAUUGACAUGGUGAUCGGUCGAGACCGUGCCCCUGCCAUGGCGGACCGGAGGAAGAUGCCCUACACUGAUGCUGUACUCCAUGAAAUCCAGAGGUUCAUUGAUCUGCUCCCCUUAAAUGUCUUUCAUAUGACAACAAAGGAUACUGUCUUCAGGGGCUACACUAUUCCAGCGGGUACAAUGGUGGCUCCCUUGCUUCACUCUGUGAUGUUUGCAAAAACAAGUUGGGCAACCCCAGAGACCUUCAACCCCAAUCACUUCUUGGAUGAAAAUGGCUGCUUCAAAACAAAUUCCUCAUUCAUGCCUUUUUCUACAGGAAAGCGCAAAUGUGCAGGUGAAGGUCUAGCCAUGAUGGAGCUCUUCUUGUUUUUCUCAACCCUCUUGCAGAACUUCUCAUUUCGCCCCACAGAGGAUCCUACUAAUAUCAGCUUGUCACCAGAUUCCAAGAUCAUUUUUAAGCUUCUCAGGCCAUAUACGUUUAUGGCUAUUCCACGAUAG